UUUAGUCAAACGCACCGAAGACAAAACGUCGCGUUAUUAUUAUUAUUACUAACAUUAUUAUUGUUUUCAUAAAUUUUAAGUACUUUUAUACAGAGAUCAACCGAUCAAUUGUUAAGCCAUUAUAAUUGUUGAGUGCUCAUCAUGGAAGGUUUUGAAUAUGUGGUCAAUCCGCCUGUGGUGCCCAAGGUGGCCUUUGGCACGACCAUGGAUCGCGAGGUGAUGCCUGUCAGUGGACCCUUCCUGAACAGCUUCAUGAGAUCCAAUCUGCCGGAGGGGCGCGAACAGCCCAGUCCACUUGAUUACGACUGUUCCAAGCCGAUUGGCUUUAAGUAUCCCUCCAAUGCUGGCUUCUCUGCUCUGGCCAACAAGACGCCCCGUCUGCCCAUCGAACCGGAGAAGAUUGUUCCACCCAUGGGCGCCUAUGAGGCAACACCUUGGAUACUGCGCGCUGGCUACACCUUUGACAAGUAUGUGGUGCCGGAGCCCAAAUGGGUAACUCCCGGUGCCUCCACCUACUCGACCCACAACAAAUAUCCAUAUUGGAAAAUGGAAACCGCCUUUGGCACCCGUCGCAUUAUCUGGCCCGCGGUGGCCGUCUUCUGCGGCCCCACCAAUGUGGCCCAGUGCCUGGUCUGUCGUGAGCGUCCCAAAGGCGAUUAUUUCCAUUGCUUUGCCACCGACAAGGAUAUGUGCCGCAAGUGCAUGCGCGAGGAGAUGUCCGCCAUCAAGCACUGCAGCGUGAGUGUCGUGGAGCGCUAUCGCAAGCGCCAGUAUAUAAAACAGUUUGUACCAGCCCGCUAUUGUCGUUUCUUUCACAAUCACAAUGGGACCACAGCCGCCACCGAGUCCACCUCACGCAGGGAACUGCGUGCCAAGAUCCGUGUCGAGAAUUAUUUGUAUCGUUUUGCUAGCAAAGAGGAAUGAGGCGCUACCAAUUUCAGAAUGUUUCUCCCGUUUCUAUGGGAAAUAUUUUGCAGACAAAGAGUAGCAAACACUAAACCAAAAAUAUGUUUCAAAAUUUUUAUUAAUUAUAUAGUAUAUUGAUAUUACAGCUAUGGGACAUUUGCCGUUAUGCGUAUCCCAGAUAAAUUGUAAAUGAUUUACAAAAAAUGCAUACAAAUUAUUAUGUAAAGUUAUGUAAAAAUGCAAGUGUUAACGAAUUGUUCAAAAUAAAGAAAUAAAAUAAUGUAAAA